AGGGAGCCGCUGUCGCCCAUGACAACACUCCCCAUUUCUCCCUCCUUCCAACUUCUCCAUCUCGCCGUCGGCUGCGUUGGCGCGUCACUUCCGGUGGAAGCCCUUCUCGGUCCAGAUCCCGGACAGUGGCGGUGUGGCGGGAGCGCAGACUAAACGAGCUGUGACAGUGGGUGAAGGGUGAUUGCGAAGUGGGGGGUGGGGAAGCGAAAGCCAGAGAGUCAAGACAGCGUUGGAGUGGGCCCCUCGCCCUAGUCCAUACAACAAGCAAUAGUAUCCAAGACAUAUAUAUAUAUAUACUCCUCUGGACACAGUGUCUUCCUCACCAUGGGGAACGCUGCCACCGCGAAGAAGGGGAAUGAAAUUGAGAGCGUGAAAGAAUUUCUAGCCAAAGCCAAAGAAGACUUUUUAAGAAAGUGGGAAACUCCUCCUCAGAAUACUGCAAGUCUAGAUGAUUUCGAUAGAAUGAAAACCCUUGGAACUGGCUCAUUUGGAAGAGUUAUGUUAGUGAAACAUAAAGGUGCAGAGCAGUAUUAUGCUAUGAAGAUACUGGAUAAACAGAAGGUGGUGAAGCUGAAACAAAUAGAGCAUACAUUAAAUGAAAAGAGGAUAUUGCAGGCAGUGAACUUUCCUUUCCUUGUCAGGUUGGAAUAUUCCUUUAAGGAUAACUCUAAUUUAUAUAUGAUUAUGGAAUAUGUCCCUGGGGGAGAAAUGUUUUCACAUUUAAGAAGGAUUGGCAGAUUCAGUGAGCCUCACGCGAGAUUUUACGCAGCUCAGAUAGUGCUGACAUUUGAGUACCUCCAUUCACUAGACCUUAUCUACAGAGAUCUCAAACCAGAAAAUCUUUUAAUUGACCAGCAAGGAUACAUUCAGGUCACAGAUUUUGGGUUUGCCAAAAGAGUAAAGGGCAGAACUUGGACAUUAUGUGGAACGCCAGAGUAUCUGGCACCAGAAAUUAUUUUGAGCAAGGGUUAUAACAAAGCAGUUGACUGGUGGGCAUUAGGAGUUUUAAUAUACGAAAUGGCUGCGGGGUACCCCCCUUUCUUUGCGGAUCAACCCAUUCAGAUCUAUGAAAAAAUUGUGUCCGGAAAGGUACGGUUUCCUUCCCACUUCAGCUCAGACCUUAAAGACAUGCUAAGGAACUUGCUCCAGGUAGAUUUGACCAAACGAUAUGGGAACUUGAAGAAUGGCGUUAAUGACAUCAAGAAUCACAAAUGGUUUGCUACAACAGACUGGAUUGCAAUUUAUCAGAGAAAGGUGGAAGCUCCCUUCAUACCAAAGUGUAGAGGGCCUGGAGAUACCAGUAACUUUGAUGACUAUGAAGAAGAAGAUAUACGUGUGUCUCUGACAGAAAAAUGUGCAAAAGAGUUUGCCGACUUUUAGGAUGUGCAUGAGGACAAGAUGACAUCAGGGCUCAUAUUGGAAUCUUUGCACUCUAUUAGCAGAUGGGGUGGAGCUGAGACCAUCUUAUGUCACAACAGUUACCUAGUUCCUUCAUUCCGCAAGGCUGACUGAGGUCUAUUUUGCCAUCUUCCAUGUGUGCGUUUUGCACCAACCCUUUUAUCUAGGCACAAUUAACCAAGCGAUUUGUGCUGUAACACAGAAUGCUAGACCACUUUCCUUCAUCUUUUUGGGGGGUUGUUUUCUUUUCCUUUUUUUGUUUACAUCUUGUAUGUUUAUCCCUUCUCCUCACAGCUGUUUUUACCCAACUACACUCCCUUUCAUUUUGAAAAUGUAUUAUAAGUUGUUGGAGGGGCAGGGGGUACAAGAGAGAGAGCGAGAGAGAUCUGGAAGUUUUUGCAAUGAGGAAAAUUUCAGAUGGAGGAAAUGUUGUUUCUAGUCUCUGCCGCUCCAUAGGUUUGUGUUUUACAUUAUAAAUCCUUAUUUAUGUAUGGUGGUAAAUGUUUCAGCUCAAAUUGCAACUACUGGCCAAUAUUAUUUUGAGUUAUUUUUGAAGUAACGUUAACCACGGCCAUAAUCUCCAAAUGGAAGUUGUGUCAGGAGCAAAAUUCUUCCUGGUGAUUGACCAAAACUGUUUAGAAAUCAAUUUGAGUGCUACAUUUGGCUAGAUAGACCCUGUGCCUUGGAUUUCUAUUCUUUAUCUGCGCUGCCCCUUCCGAUGUGAUCCUUGCUUUGGCAGGACCUAAAUGUUGCGUGACCAUACUAUACGGCACAUAGCACAUUUCGUUUGGUUAAAACUUGAGGAUUUACAACUGUUGUCUUUCAAUUGCAUAAUGCUGACGUCACAAUCCAUUUGGGGGGUUUUAAUAACAUUUAAACCUGCUCUUAGAUAAAACAAGUUUUGGUCAGUAUUUUUUUUUUUUUUUUUUUUACACAGAACAUGAUAAAUUAAAAGUGAUUAAAUCAUGACUCCUUUACCGGCUCCGCAUUUAAGGCUGUAUUUUAUUGCUGUUUAAUAAACUUAUUGAGGUCAUAAAGGAUGAAAUAACAAAAAGAUGAAGUGUUCCUGUCUGACAAAACACAUUUGAGAAGCAAGAGCAGAGCUAGUCAUUGCAUUGCUAAGGCGAUUCUCAUUUUCUGUUUGUUCUAAAGAAUAAAGGUUCUUGCCAAGUUUUAUUCUGGUAUACUAUAUUAGUAAUCGGAGAAUGAAGUACUGUUACCAUGCCUCUGUACAACGACAGUUCUUUGUUCAAAUGAAAAGUUGAUAAUGUAAGCAAAACUUGUCACUGCUUGUUUUACUCUGUUUUCCCUUUUUUUCUUCUUAUUGUAUAGCAAUUGCUUUAGUUCUAACUACCAACCUUCUACAUGUGAGACAGAAUGUACAUUCACACUUCGUAUUUGGGAUUAGUUGUCUUUUUUUUUUUUUUUUUUUUUUUUAUCACAAACUGACUCGAAAUAUGGCUGCCACGUGCUAGCGAACAGCACUUUUCCAUACUUCUUUCAGUGUUUGUUACAAUUCUGUGCACAUCAUUAUUUUAUUUUAUUUUUUUUGUUUCUUUAAAUCCUUCUCCACUAUAUUUGUACACAUCUAUGUAUCCUUGUCUUAAAACAGCACAUCUGAACAGUUUCAAAAUAAACUAGUUGCAUUUUAUUAUCCAUUUACAUGCAUACAAGACAAUUGUUUUUAUGAAAAUGAUCUAUAUUGGUAUAUAGCCAUUGUAUUUGUUUAAAUGUCAGUGGGAAUAGGUCGCUGGCACUACUUCCUUUUAAUCUGUAUGACACUCCUGUAAGAAAAGCCUUUGUAGACAUUUUUCAACCGAGUUUAAGAUGUACUAUCCAACAUUCUGUAUGUCCUUUAGGUCGUCGAGCAUUUUUGCACAACAGCGUGAUUAGGAGACUGAUGACAAUUGCAGUCUUUAUCCAUCCUUAUUUACUUGUGCAAGAAAGGUAUAAGAUACUUUGCUGUAGCAAAUUUUAUGUAACAAAAAAAUAUAUAAAUAUAUAUAUAUAUAUAUAUACAUCACAAUAAAUUUAAAAGGAUUCUUUGUAUGAAAAUGUUAAAAUCUUUUGUAUUUCAUUUAGACUGAGGAUAUGCUGUGUAUGCUAGCUGUAUGCAAUCAAUUCUACAGUAACUUUGUUGUCAUUUAUGAACUUAAAAAAGAUUUUAAUAAAUGCUGGAGAUCA